ACUCUCUUACUAUCUUAUAGUCAUGUCAACCUCAGCGAAUUAUGAGGCUUUCUUGUGUUUCGUUCUUUGUAUCUCUAGUUGUUUUCUCAUUGAAGCUCAAAAAGGUGGUUUUACCAUUGAUCUGAUCCACAGGGACUCACCCAAAUCUCCCUUCUACCGCCCGUCAGAAACUUCCUUCCAACACAUUACUAAUGCAAUCCGUAGUUCCUUUGCUCGUGCUAAUCGCUUCAGUAAAACUUCCAUCUCAACAGACGCAGUCCAGACCGAUAUCAUCUCCAACCAAGGCUCGUAUCUCAUGAAGGUCUCUAUUGGGACCCCACCAUUUGAGAUUCUAGCAGUGGCAGACACUGGAAGUGACCUCGUAUGGACGCAGUGUCAGCCAUGCACUAGUUGCUACAGGCAGAAAGCUCCUCUAUUCAAACCCAAGUCUUCCUCUAGUUACAGAGACAUUUCUUGUUCAUCACGCCAAUGUCAAGCAUUAGAUGGAACCGGCUGCUCAACAGAAGACAACACUUGCCAGUACUCAGUCUCCUAUGGAGAUAAUUCCUACUCAUUUGGAAAUCUUGCUACUGAAACGGUAACUUUGGGUUCCACCACUGGCCGACCAACAUCUUUUCCUAAAACUAUCUUCGGUUGUGGACACGACAAUGACGGAACCUUUAGUGAGGAGGAUUCUGGCAUCGUUGGCCUUGGAGGUGGAGCUGUUUCCCUAAUUUCCCAGCUAAGGGAUACAAUAGCUGGAAAAUUUUCUUACUGCUUAGUUCCGCUUACUUCUGAAUCCAAAGGCACCAGCAAGUUGAACUUUGGAUCUAAUGCAGUGGUUUCAGGCUCUGGGGUCAUUACUACUCCUUUGGUUUCAAAAAACCCAGACACCUUCUACUUUCUAACCCUAGAAGCAAUCAGUGUAGCUAAUGAAAGGAUAGAUUUUACAGGUUCUUCUUUUGGAACCACAGAAGGUAACAUUAUCAUUGACUCGGGAACAACAUUGACACUUCUCCCAGAAAAUUUCUACUCCAAGUUGGAGUCGUCUGUGGCAAGUAAGAUUGCGGCUAAGCCCAUCAGUUCUCCAGUCGGCGGUUUGAGCCUAUGCUAUGAAGCUACGGAUGAUUUUAGAGUUCCCCAAAUUACAGUGCAUUUCACCAAUGCUGAUAUAGAAUUGAAGCCUUUGAACACUUUCAUUAGGGUAUCUGAGCAAGCGGUGUGUUUCACUUUUGCUGAUGCUGGUGAUGUUGCAAUCUAUGGAAACUUGUCCCAGCAGGAUUUCUUGGUUGGGUAUGAUACUGAAAAGCGAACUGUGUCCUUCAAGCCAUCGGAUUGUUCCAAGGCAUAAUUUAAUGUAGGUUUCUAGACAAUAUCAUCUAGUAGCCUAUUUUCAAAAAAUAAAUAUUAGUAAUUCUA